AUGACGCUCCUGAUUGAAUUUCUCACACAAAUCAGGGCCUUUGUGCGCCAGCAAAACGGUGACGAGCUUCGCAACUGGCUGCUGCUUCGCACCGGUUUCCGUCAACAAGAUAGCACAGCUCUCGAACAGACGAUCGAGAGGUGUCUUCCUGAGGAUGACGAUGUCUCAGAAGGCGAGGCCACGCCAUGGCCUGGUUUCGUCACAUUCAUGAAGGACUACCUUUUGUUUUGGCGAGAUGUGGACUUUGAUAACCUGCUGGCGGCACACACGUUGCUCAGUGGAUUGGUCAAGUGA